AUGGAUCACAGCAGCCAUGGCGGCGGCGGCGAUGCCGACUCUUGCAAAAUAUCGAUGCUCUGGAACUGGUACACCAUCGAUGCCUGCUUCCUCACCUCAAACUGGCACAUCCGCAGCGGCGGCAUGUUCGCCGCCACCUGCAUCGGGGUCGUCUUUCUCGUCGUCCUGAUUGAAUUCUUCCGGAGGCUGGGCAAAGAGUACGACGCUUUUCUCUUGCGUCAGUUCCAGCGCGAGUCGACGAGGCGGUAUACCGAAGAGGGCAGCGUGUCCCAGGUCGUCACCUUCCGCGCCAGCCUCGUCCAGCAGCUGAUCCGGUCGGCCAUCCACGCGGUGACGUUUGGCGGCGCGUACAUCGUCAUGCUUCUCGCCAUGUACUUCAACGGCUAUGUCAUCAUUUGCAUCUUUAUCGGCGCUGGAUUGGGCAAGUUUGUUUGUGACUGGUUGGAGGUCAAGAUUGACCUGGGCGGGAUAGGUCGGGGGUCGCCAGAGGUGAAGGGCAUCGAAGAACCUAGCGUGUGCUGUGGAUAG